AUGAUUAGCUUUCGCGUAGCAUUCGAUAUCCCGUUCGACAUGACGAUCCCGACCGCGCAUGGACUAUACAGCGUUCGACUUGGAUCCCAAGGCCUGUCUCUCUCCAGCUUUCGACCCCUCUCUGAUGAUGAACGUUUGACACGCAGUUCGAACAACGCGAACUUCUCAACUGACUUCAGCUCAACCGCGCAACCUCUGCAGGCCCCGGCCACGUGCGCGAGCUACGACGACAUCUUCCUGGCACUUUCGCCAACAUUUUCUGAAUCCGGCGGUUCGUGUCUGAUAACCCAAUUCGCCGAUCCUAGCAACAAUCCGCUGCGCGUAACUCGCACGUUGCAGUACGCUAUCAUGUACAUGAGCCGAGCGGUAAGCCACCUGCCGGACGAUUCCCCAUCGUGGUGGCGUGACUUCUGCGCCGCUAUCGAAGCGAUCGAAUACCGGUCCUUCGAAUGGUUGCUUGCCCGGCAAAACCUCCCAUCGCCCUGCAACGAACGCCCGCCAGCACAUCUCUCAGCGGCGGCCGGACCAAACCGCCGCCGAUCAGCCCGGACCACUGGGAUGCCCGAGCACAUCCGCCAGCUGGUACCUCGGCGCGCAGACGGAACCGAACCAUGCCUCCGUUUCUUCGGUGGAGGCAUGUGCUUCGGGGAUUCGUGUGAGCGAUGCGCAUAG